UGCUUUUUAUUGUCAGAAAGCUGAGUGCGUGGUACAGAGAACAUUACAGAGCCUAUGAACUGAAAAUGUCUCCUACGAAGGAGGUGGAACUUCUUGGCCCAAACGAACUGACAGAUCCAUAUCCAUUGGCUGACUACAUAGUUGAGGGGAUGCGGCUGAUUACUCUCAAAAGAUACAUGCAUGUUUAAGGGCACCAUGGCAGAUAUUGCAACUGUUCGAUUGCUGAUCAUCUUGAGUGAAGACAACAGUGUAAGAAUGGAGCUACGCAAUGGGAUUCCUAACUCACUGGAAGAACUCAUCGAAGAGGUCAAGAAUGCAUGUGGAUUAGGAGGACACAUAAGGCUGCAGUACAAGGACACUGAUUUUGGGAACAUAUUUGUGAAUCUGACCUCUACAACUGUAAUUAAGGAUCUCUCAGUUAUCAAAGUUGUCCAAUUAGACCCUGAUACCACAACUAUUGUAUUGUACCCAGUUGAUCCCACAAUAAGUAGCAUGCCUUCAGGUGGACAGGACAGUGAAGAUUCCACCUCAGGAUCUGCACAUACAGAUGAUACCAUAAUUCUUAGCAGCAGUUCCCCAGAAUCAUUAAGAACACAGCAGUGGCCAAAAGUGUUCCCAAUCCCACUCUUCUCCUAUGACACAGAAUGUCAACUACAGAGGGGAAAUGAGGAGUACACAAGAAGCAAAUCUAGGUUGACACCCUGCUCAAAAAUGCUGUCUGACAUACUGGAGAAAGUGGCUGAAAAAGUCUACACAUACAAAGCAUACCCUACGGAUGCUGACUUCAGCGAUGUUGCUGAGGCACUGACAAGGAAGCACCCUUGCCUGAGAGAACCAGGGUCUUUCAAUGAGAGCUAUGGAUGGAAACAAAGGCUCAAGGUAAAAAUGGCCAACUACCGGACACUACUUAGGGCACAUGGAACAUCUGCAGAGCUCACUGUGAAUUCUUUGAAAUCCAAAUCUUCAGAGGAGGCCUACCCAGCAAAGAAUUUGAAGAGACCUAGACGAGCUGAGGUCAACCAUUUUCCACCCUUGCCAAGUGGUGAGACUCCAGAAAGCCUUGAACAAGAGAGGAUUUCCCUUCUUGCAGAACUACAGCAAAGAAACAACAGACAAGCAAUAAAGGAAAAGAUGGCAAAGACGUUUGGAUACCGGAGACAAGAAAUUGUGCAUAAGAAGCCGAGCAUUGAAGACGUCUUCGAGAGAUGGCCUGCACUUUUUCAGAUGGAAGAGAUCAAUGCCGAGUUCAUGCGUAUCACAACAGUUCCAUUGGAGACAAAGUUCUUGGCGCAGUUGGACAAGCACUCCAUCAAACUGUUGGAGGUCCUCAGGAGCAAGGGAGGAGUUGGGAAAGAGAAGAUUACCAGGACCUUGCAGAUUUUAGAUGAGACUGUGGACAUCAACAUCAGAAGAGAAUGCAUCCUCAAAUCUCUGAUGAUCUACCUCGGCGAACCUGUUGAGCACCUUAUCAAAAAAUACCAGGAAAAUGAGGUUGAAGAACUGGAGCAGACAACCAUGGCGAUCUUUAUCACUGAGAAAGAGGAUCCUCUCCAUCCACCCAAAGACAUUAAAAUUGUCAUCGAAGGAACAGAGGUCCUGAACAAGUUGCCCUCGGUUGCAACAGCUUUUGCCAUGGUCUUUGGGCUUAUAUACACACUGAACCUAAAGUAUCCGAAAAGGCUGCAGUUCACCUUUGAAUUUGUGCAAAAGGUACUAAUGGAGCUUGAUGGAAAAAAGAUGACCCCAAAAGUCUCUAGACUGACCACCCAGCUGUACAGCACAGAGUAGGCAGAGCUGAAUUGCACAGACUUGAUUUUAUUUUCUAUCUGUGGUUACAUUUUUUAAAUGUGGCUACCCAAGUUCGAUGGCUACCAGCCUCAAAGGCCGAAGUAGGCUGUGUUCUGAAAUGUUUAGAAAUGACGUUCAAGACUUUGGAUCCUUUUGUAAGAUGUUGCACUUACAAGGCUGCAUUAUCACUGCAGCAUUUACAAAUGUGGCUGCACUAGUUCGAUGGCUACCAGCCUCAAAGGCCGAAGUAGGCCAAGUGUUAUGGACAACUGG